CGCGCGCGGCGGCGUGUAGCCGCUGCUGCCUGCUGCUGGUCGUCGGUGUGGCACAGUCAUGGGCGCUCUGAGCAAAAUACCGCACAGCUGCUACGAGAUCGGCCACACGUGGAACCCGUCGUGCGCGCUGUCCGCUCUGGAGAUCACCAGGGGUGCCCUGGAGGUGUCCUUCAAGAUAUACGCCCCCCUCUACCUGAUAGCAGCAGUUCUAAGGAGAAGGAAGAAGGACUACUAUUUAAAAAGGCUUCUCCCUGAGAUCCUGUGGUCUACCUCUUUUCUCACUGCCAAUGGCGGCCUCUACAUCGUUUUCUUCUGCAUCCUCAGGAAACUGCUUGGGGGGUUCUACCCCUGGUCUGCCGGGUUCGGCUCGGCACUGCCUGCCUCUUAUAUUGCCAUCCUUCUGGAGCGCAAGAGCAGGAGAGGGCUGCUGACAAUAUACAUGACAAAUCUUGCCACUGAGACGUUGUUCCGCAUGGCCGUGACCCGAGGCAUCCUCAAACCCAUUAAACAUGGCGAGGUGCUGUUGUUCUGCAUAACCGCGUCACUCUACAUGUUCUUCUUCAGGAGUAAAGACGGUCUCAAAGGCUUUGCAUUCUCUGCACUGAAGUUCAUCAUUGGGAAGGAAGAGAUUCCGACUCACUCUGGCACGACAGACCAUGUCAGCUCGAGGCCCCUUCAGAGCAUAGCUGCUAUAGAGGCCGAGGAUUCACAACCAUCAGCAGAAAGGCCUAGCUCCAGGAGGAAAACUCUGGUAGCAUACACCAGGCAUCUGAUAGAGUCAAUAUGCAAGCACGGUCCAAGACACAGAUGUUGUAAACAUUACCAAGACAACUGCAUCUCAUACUGUGUUAAGGGUUUUGUCAGGAUGUUCAGUGUUGGCUACCUGAUUCAGUGUUGUCUCAAAUUGCCCUCAGCCUUCAGGCAGAUGUUCUCCAAACCCUCUCGGCUCCCCUCUCUCUUCUACAACAAGGAGAACUUCCAGCUCGGGGCGUUUCUAGGAUCUUUCGUCAGCAUCUACAAGGGAGCGAGCUGCUUGCUGCGCUGGCUGCGUAACAUUGACGACGAACUCCAUGCACUAAUAGCAGGCUUCCUGGCUGGUCUCUCAAUGUUCUUCUACAAAAGCACAUCGAUAUCCAUGUAUCUCUUCUCUAAGCUGGUGGAGACCAUGUACUUCAAGGGCAUCGAGGCCGGCCGGUUCCCAUACUUUCCUCAUGCAGACACGGUCAUAUAUGCCAUCUCCACUGCUAUCUGUUUCCAAGCUGCCGUGAUGGAAGUGCAGAACCUCAGGCCUUCAUACUGGAAGUUUCUGCUGCGCUUAACUAAGGGAAGGUUUGCUGUCAUGAACAGACAUUUGCUCGAUGUGUUUGGGACUCAGGCCUCCAGGGACUUUAAAGGCUUCGUGCCUAAACUGGACCCUCGUUUCACCACGAUGCUUCCACCAGGAGCCGACAUCCAACUCGGAUGACUCGGGACCAGGCUGUGGGAGGAGUUUUAAGGUUACCUCAACAGGAAAUGGACAGUUUGCCUGUUCUUUCUGAGUAACUUUUGGAUUUGAUUUAAAGGUGUUGUGACAGCUCAGAAGUAGUGAUGUUGUUGUAUGAGAUGGGAUCUGCUUUGAACGAUGUAAAAGUCCAAGAUCUGUCCAUAAUGUCAGGGCUUGAGAAAAACAUUUAGUCUUUCACAGGGACAUUUACUGAUUUGUAUUUUAUGUACAAAGGUAAUUGGUGAAAUACAUAAAACGCACACAAUUUAUUAAAUUGACAUUGACAUCAAAAUUGACAAGUAUAUAAACACAAGUGAAACAUUAAACCAUCCAAGACAGAAUAAUAAUUAUAAUAGUAUAUAUGAAUAUAGAUAAUAAUAAUAUAAAUUGUCAAUUUGCGUUUGGCAGGAUCACAUUAACCAGUUCUAUAGGGUGGGUAGUAGUGGUAAGAUUUUGGGUCAGUCACAAAAAGCAAAAAUUGGUCAAGAAAUGACUCCUUUGCGACACAUUUUUAUUCCAUCCAUAAGUCGUUAUGAUUCUUCACUUUGCAGUUACAUGAAGAUUGGUUGUGACUGGUGGUGAUUUGGUGAAACUCCUUAAUACCGGAUUUUGACUAAGAUUUAAGAGGAAAGAGAGAAGAUGAAUGAAUUAGUACCUUUUCAAGACAACGGGUGCAGAUAAUUAUGUAGCCUUAUCAUAUUAUUUUGAAGUAUGUAAUGAUAGAUAUAUUUAGAUGGUGUUCAAUGAUGUGAAACACAAAAGUGGGGAGUAACUGUUCAACCCGUUACUUUAAAUGUAAAUGGAGUUGAGCAUUUUUAUGAAUAUUUACCUUUUUUCUUUUUGUUUUGUUCUAACAGCACUUGACGGUGGUGAUUUCAAUAGAGAAAGUCACGUUAAAAGAUGCGUACCAGGGUAAAAGAAAGCAUCAAGGACCAUGGCAAACUUUGUGGUUAGUUUUGUGAACAACAUGGUUUGGUGAGGUGUGUUUUAUGAGACUGUUUAAUUUACUGUUGCAGCUCAACAACUGUUAAAAAAACAACUUCAUAUUGAAGAUGCAAAAAUCAACAGUCAAUACAGCUAAGGAAACAUGCGGUGAAUCCAUUGUUUACAAGAAAACUGCAUUGAGACUAGCUUCUUCACUUGUACACAACAAGCCGGUUAAGGGGCUGAAAUCAUGAGGAGAACACAUUUACAGCACAUGAAGAGAACUAACCUGAUAAGUUAAAAACCUCUAUUUACAGUUUGCAGGUUGUCAGUGAUCACAUUUAUCUUAAAUGUCAUAAAAGUGAAUUGCUAAUUAUCUCAUUAUGACUGCUUUAUUUUAAUUUUAUUGAUUCUGAAUUUGGCAACUUGGACAUUCAGCUAGUGAUUACUUUUCUAUCACUCCCACCGCCUUGCGAUGUCACUUUCCCUGUCACCACAAUUUGGCAUAUAUGGUUGAAAUCAAAUACUUGGUGUCUCGUCCACCAUCUGUUUUUAAAGUGCAUAUGUACUCUAAACUGUAAUGUAAACUGUUUGAAUAAUAUAAGAAAGGAUUUGAUGAAAGAAAAGUAUAGCCUUUUACUUUACAAAUGAGCUAUGUCAGUCUAAAAUAAUAAAGACAUUGAUAUAUGAUGCAUAGGAUAAGCUGGCUAUGACAAUAUAAUGGAGACAAAAUCUGCAGAUACAAAUAAUUGAAUGUCGAUUUUCUACAUCCAAACUUUGGGUAGGAAAUAACUUCAAUAUUAAUAUUUCCCUAAACAAGUUUAAAAAAUUUAAAUGUACGCUUACUGGCAAUUCCAAGGUGAACCCUGCUGCUUAACAUCCACAUUGAUUGAACCAUUGUUUACUGAGGAAUCGGUCUUAGUUAGUGGUGGAUGGUCACAGUCCCACAGUUGAUGGUGACGGAUGAGAGGUUUGUGGCUCAUGUAACAUUUUGAGUUGCAAUGUGGAAUCUUCCAACUCUUUGAGUGGAUCAUUCAUGACAACUUCAUUCCAUAUAUGGUUGCAUAAUACAAGUUUGUAAUUGUUAGAUUGUCUCAAAUCUCAUAUUUCAGUGACUUGCCAGAGUAUUUAUUUCAAUGUUUAAGAUCAGUUGUUCGCGACCCAGCUUUAGACACAUCUGACCUCCUUACCAGAAGCCAUGAUUGUAAAAAAAAAAAAUACAGUGCAACAUUAUUGUUGACACUCAAGCAGACGAGUUUUAAAAAGAGACUAAAUCAAUCAUAUAGAAUUAUAAUACAACUCUACAAAUAUAUUUGAUUUAUGUAAGAAGGUGUGUAUAUUAAAAUAUUUUUUGAUUCCAAA